GGCGUAAUUACACAAGUCUCCAGUAGGUGGCAGUAGGUGUGCAGUCUACUCCUGCACUAUAGACUCACAGAUGAAGAAGAAGCUGCUGUUUUUCUCUUUGGACAGCUGAGCUUUCUGCACAGCUAGUCAUUUAUGCCUUACAGUUAUUUCACAGUAUUGCAAUUAGAUUAACAUUAAAACCUCGGCACUGUGUCUGUAUUUAUGAUUUUAAACUCCAUUCUGCUUUAAAGCCCACGGCUUCUUAUAAUGAAAUCAGCAGAAGCCAGACCAUCCUGUGAGACACCUGCUGUUACCUCUUCACAGAUGUGCAAGGCUGUACAGACAGAAACUUCUGUGACUUCAGCUAGAGGGUCAUCAGGCUCUGUGGGUCACUUCAGCCCUGAGGACCAACUGAAUGGAGGAUUUCAAAAGAAACCUAUAAAAGAAGAACCUGAAGAUGAAGACUACUGCUCUGGCAAAACCUCAAGUUGUAUGGGACACGUCACCCCUGUGGACCAACAGAAUGACGGAUUUCAUGAGAAGCUAAUAAAAGAAGAACCUGAAGAUGGAGAUUAUUUCUGUGGUGAGACAUCAAGCUGUGUGGUCCACCUGACCCUUAUGGACCAACAGACUGAAGGAUUCCAAGAAAAGCCCUUAAAAGAAGAAGAACCUAAUGAAGACGACUAUCUCUACUGUGAGUAUUGCAGAUCCUUCUUCAUCAACAAGUGUGAGAUACACGGUCCAGCUCUCUUCCUCCCUGAUACCCCUGUUCCAAGGGGGGUUUCAGAUCGAGCCAGACAAACCCUUCCACCUGGUCUAGAGCUUCGGCAAUCUGGUAUUCCUGAUGCAGGCCUGGGAGUGUUUAAUAAGGGGGACACUGUUCCAGUUGGUGCCCUCUUUGGGCCUUACCAGGGAGACCUGGUAGACAAAGAAGAAGCCAUGGCGAGCAGCUACUCUUGGGUGAUUUACAAGAGCAAGCAUUUUGUGAAAUACAUAGAUGCUAAGAGAGUGACCCAUGCAAAUUGGAUGAGGUAUGUGAAUUGUGCUCAUAAUAAUGAAGAGACUAAUCUGGUGGCAUUCCAGUAUCAAGGGCAGAUUUUCUACCGUUGCUGUCGACCCAUCAAACCAAGACAGGAGCUUUUGGUGUGGUAUGAAGAGAAGUACGCUAAGCAUCUUGGCGUUACCUUCAACUGCAUCUGGAACAAAAAGUGUUCCGUAAACGAAACGAGUGGUUGCCCAUUGAAAGGUUUCUCUUGCUCAUUGUGUUCACUUUUCUAUACAUCACAAAUUGACCUUCACAAACAUAUCAAGAGAUGCCACGAUGAGGAAAAUGUGAGCAUGCUGAAAUCAGAAGAAAUUAAACAUGAAACUCCAAAAACCAGCAGAAUCUCUACACAUAAGCAAACAAGCACUGGUACUCGCUCUGUUAAGACCUCUCGCAAAGUUUACUGCUGCUCACAGUGUGGGAAGAGUUUUGCUCGACAGAGUCACCUUCAAUCCCAUCAAACCAUUCACAAAAAAGAGAAACUGUAUCCAUGCUCACAGUGUGGGAAACGUUUUAAUCAAGAGAGUACUCUCCAACGGCACAGACGUAUUCACACAGGAGAAAAGCCAUAUCUCUGUUCAGAGUGUGGGAAGAGGUUUACUUACCAGAAUGCACUACAACGGCAUCAGCGUGUUCAUACUGGAGAAAAGCCCUAUACCUGCUCAGAGUGUGGAAAGAGUUUUAGCCAAACAACUUCUCUCCAAAUCCAUCAGCUCAUUCACACAGGAGAGAAGCCGUAUCCCUGCUUACAGUGUGGGAAGGUUUUUCUUUAUCAGCAUACUUUACUAAUACACCAGCGCAUCCACACAGGAGAGAGGCCGUUUCACUGUGGACAGUGUGGGAGGAGUUUUAAUCAAGAAGGUACUCUGAAACGGCACCAGCGCACUCACACAGGUGAGAGGCCAUAUCACUGCUCACAGUGUGGGAAGAGUUUUGCUCGACAGUGUCAUCUCAAACGGCAUAAGCUUAUUCACACAGAGGAGAAGCCGUAUCAGUGCUCACAGUGUGGAAAGCAUUUUAAUCAAGAGACUUCUCUCCAACGGCACCAGCACACUCACACUGGAGAAAAGCCAUAUCACUGCUCACAGUGUGGGGAGGGUUUUACUUACCAGAGUACUCUCCAACGGCACCUGCGCGCUCAUACCGGAGAGAAGCUGUAUAUCUGCUCACAGUGUGGGAAGAAUUUUACACGACAGAGUAAUCUCAAAAUACACCAGCGAAUUCACACAGGAGAGAAGCAAUAUCACUGCUUAGAAUGUGGAAGGAGUUUCACUCACCAGAAUACUCUGCAAAUCCACCAGCGCAUUCAUACCGGAGAGAAGCCAUACAUCUGCUCAGAGUGUGGGAAGAGUUUUAGACAACCAAAUUCACUCCAGAUACAUCGGAUCAUUCACACAGGAGAGAAGCCGUAUCCCUGCUUACAGUGUGGGAAGAGUUUUAUUCAUCAGUAUACUCUUCUAAUACACCAGCGCAUCCACACAGGAGAGAGGCCGUUUCACUGCGGAGAGUGUGGCAAGAGUUUUAAUCAAGAAAGUGCUCUUCAACGGCACCAGCGCACUCAUACAGGAGAGAAACCAUAUCAAUGCUCGCAGUGUGGGAAGAGUUUUACUCGACGAAGUCAUCUCCAACGUCACCAGAGCAUUCACACAGGAAAAAUGUAGUGUUGCUCCUCAAGUUUUCACCUUCACAAUACCAGAGGAGAAAACCCAUGUGACUGCUCAAAGAGAAGAGUUUUACUUACUCGAAUACAAGUUGAGACACUGAAAAAACCUGUGGAACACAAAAACUUUGUGUGUGUUGCAAUAAUUUGAAUUUAUUUUUAUUUGUAUAGUUUGUAUUUAUGUAAAUUUGUAUUUGUAUAGUUUGCAUUUGUAAUUUGUAAUAUGAACUCCUACAACUAGUUACAUCAAAUGUUUUAAUGUAUUUUAAUUAGGUGUGGUUUACUGAAUAGAAAACUAAUUUCAUUUGAUUAGACUUUUUUAUACUUUUUUCCUCUUGUAUUUAAAGGCAAAUACUAAGUUCAGAUUGACUUGUUACUGGUUUAACAGGGAACUAAUCAAGAACACACGGCUUAAUGUUUGAAUUUUUUUUAGUAAUUCUAAUUUUUUAGUGUGUACUGUUAAAAAGUUUAUUUAUUUGUGUGGAAUUAUUUAAAAAUUGCUAAAUUAUUUUAAUAAAUAUGGUCCUUGCGAUAUGGAAGCAUUGUAACAUUAUGACAUAUACUGAGUCUGUCCCCUGUCUGUCUGUUCCCUGAAACUCCCCUCAAGCCCACAUGGCCAUUUAUUGUAUGUAUUUGAGCUAGGCCCACAUAUGAAAGUGGCUUAUAUCUGAUUUGAAAAGAUACACUAUAUGGCCAAAAGUUUGUGGACACCUGACCAUCACACCCAUAUGUGCUUGUUGAAUGUCUCAUUCCAGAUUUAUUCCCCUGUGUUUGCUGUUAUAAUGAGCUCCACUCUUCUGGGAAGCUUUCCACUAGAUGUUGGAGCGUGGCUGUGGGGAUUUGUGUUCAUUCAGCUACAAGAGCAUUAGUGAGGUCAGGCGCUGAUGUUGGUGAGGAGGUCUGGGGUUCAGUCAGUGUUCCAGUUCAUCCCAAAGGUGUUCAGUGGGGUUGAGGUCAGGGCUCUGUGCAGGACACUGGAGUUCUUCCACUCCAACCUUCACACACCAUGUCUUCAUGGAGCUCGCUUUGUGCACAGAGGGACUGU